AUGAGUGAAUAUUAUAAUGUACCUUCGAGCCAAGGGCAAUACGCCUACCCUGUUUUUGACCCGCAUGUGAGUGGAGCUAGCUCUGCGUCCGCUCCUGCGAACCAGCCGAGUGGAGUGCCCUCAAACUUGAAUAAUUCAGUUCCUGUUCCUUCUUCUUCCCCUGUGAACCCGCCAUAUUCAGGAAACGUUCCUCCGAGCCCGAGCGCGCCGCAGCAUAUCUACCCUGUCAUUCCUGAUCCUCCAGAAAUGUCUUAUGUGCCUCCUGUGCCUUCCUAUUACCAAAACACUCCUCCUGUUAUGGUUCCCAAUGCUGCACCUGUUAUUGCGCCAGUUCCGAUGCCUUCUCAACCCUCACCGUAUGAUCCUCCAAUGCAAGGAUCUCCGAUGGCGCCUGCCAUGGGUCAGAACAUUCUCAACAAUCCCGACGCGGAGUACUUCCAGAAAUCUCCUGUGGAAGUGAGCGCCUACCCUACAAUCCAGCAGCCAAAGGGCAGCCCUAUCAUUAUCAAUCUGGACACAAACAAUGAAGAUGUGGAAACUCAGAAUGCCUUAUUGGGUAUCGGAAUCGGCACUGUCGCAGCGAUUGCAUCGGGAGGUUUGCUGCUUCCCGUGAUCGCUGGCGUCGUGGGUUACAAUCUGAUAAAGAAAGAGCGACAAUCGAAGUUCAGCGUGUAUCCCAAUACCUACGUGUGGGAGCUGCGAUCAGCGAUUGCGGAGUUGCUGAAGGUGAAUCCGGAGCUGGUUUUGAUGAAGCGCAAAGACAUGAUCAUGGAUGAUAAUGAGAUGAUUAAGAAGUAUGUGAAAGGAAGCAAGAGCAAGGCUACGGUGAAGAUCAGCAUUCAAAACGCACCGGUAGCGGGAAGUAAUUAUUACUCUCCAAACGGAGCAGUGUACCCAAGAGCGCAAUGUGUGUCUUUAGUGAAGAAGUAAGGGUUAAACGCAAUUUUGAUGUUUACUUAUCGUUUGUUUUUUGUGAA